UCAGUAUUCACUAGUGGCUCGACCGUGAAACACGUUUCCUGCUGUGUCUUGUAUAGUUCGAAAUCCCGCGCGUUCAACGCCUACCGCAAUUUCGUGAUUGACCUUUUUCACACAUUGACAUUCACGAGGGGGCUGGCCUUAAACGUUUUGAUUCAUGGGACAGUUAAGCUGAAUAGCGGAUGGACCUGCUGUGCUACAUUCCAAAACUAUAGUUUAUACGUUGAUGUUCGUUUUCGUUGGGUCAACCAUUUUUCGUGAGUGAUGAAUUUUCUAGAGAAAUGAUUUGCAAAUGGACGGCUCGUACCGGCCAAACAAUGCGGAUCUGUUGCUUGUGUUGCUGGAUUUUCUUGCUAGUGAGCAGCACAAUCAUCGUUGCUAAUGCCAAACCGACCAGCACCCAAUUAAAUCACCAUCAUCGAACGACCAAUAACAAAGUCAUCAAAGCUGAUGGCAGCGAUGGGAGGUCUUCAUUUCCCAGACGACUCCAUCAUCAUUACCGGGCGAUGGAAGAGGACAACUUGCCAGCUGCUGGACGAGCUGAAAAUGCGGAAGGGAAUAAGAAGGGCGAUAUUGCGGAAGACGAUUACCCUUCGGAUUUCCGUUGGCCCGAGUCCUAUUUCGAUUUGGAAGCCUCGUCUGACGUGGCCGUCGUUGUCGGACAAACGGCAUUCCUCGUAUGUCGAGUAGCUGUCGCUGGAAAUUGGACGGUUUCGUGGGUUGGCCCAGAUCAUCCACAUGACAACCGUAAUGUCAAUCUCCUGACGGUCGGCACGGACACGUACACUCCCGAUCGACGAUUCCGUGGACUGCACGUGUCCAGUUCACCCGAAUGGACAUUGCAAAUCAAAGCAACGACGUUGGAUGAUGCGGGAAAUUACGAAUGUCAAUUAAGCAGCACUCCUUUACGUACGCACGUCAUUCGGCUUCACAUCAUCGAGCCACAUAUCCAGAUUUUAAAUGGACCCGAAGUCUACGUUCACGAAGGAUCAAUGUUGAACUUGACGUGCGUUAUCUCGCCGGCAGUUGACGCUUCCCUGCUCUUAUGGAGUCGUAACGGCCAAAUAUUGAAUUGGUUGUACCAAUCAAACGAAGCCGGAGGCAGCGGACAAUUGGACGCCCGGAUCCACGUCUACGAUGGGCGUCUGUGGGUGGAUCGCGGCGGUGGCGAUGCGGAAGGAGCUGUUGAAAACGAAGCGGCUGUCGUUAGCGAUCAACGCCAAACGGAUGUUGAGAGCAGACACGAGAGACAAAAGGGAAAGUUUGUCGACGGCUACAAUGUCUCAAUUGCUCGUAGACAAGGCGCAAAUGUUUCAUUCCGGUCGUUACGUUUGCUCAGCGCUCGGAGCCUCCGGCACCUGGACGUUGGUGCACAUUCUAGCCGAUGAGCAACCAGCAGCCAUGCAGCGAGGGAAUCCAGCUUCGUCUUUCAAUCAUCCUCUUCUAGCUGGCUGGAUCGCCUGGAGUGUAUGCGUGAUUCAUCGAUACCUGGCUCCUCCGGCAGCGCUGUUGGCGUGAUGAUUGAGAGGCGCGUACCAUUUUUUUCAGAUUUGUUUUUGUUUGUUUUGUUUUUUUGAAAAAAAAAUCCUUCGGGAAUCAAAACGUUUGUGCGUGCGUGUGAGAUAUUAGGCAACGCGUGUGUAUCUAUACUGUGUUUCCUUCGCACUAUUUAAAUAUCAUGUUAUAGGUUACAUAAUAUACCUAAAAACGAUGCGGCAUUUUCAUUUAAUAAGGUGAUUCGCAUCAGCUCCCUUUGAUUUUGCGUGUAUACAUCACUUUGAUUGGCAGCAAUGAUUCGGCCAGUUCUUUAUGUGCAUCGUGUUCGCUGGUCUAUAUAGAUCUAUUAGGUUCACUGUACUAUAUACAUUAAUAGUUAAAUAAAAAAUAUACCUUAACGUUAUUAUUGUUGUGCGCGUUGUGAAUGGAAAGGCAGCCACACCUAAACGUCACGGAAAUGGGGGGGAAGAGAGAGAAGAAUCUUUUCCAUUUUGAGCCAUCAUUAGUCAACCGCAAAGAACUUGUGUAUCCUAUAAUCCCUUUUAAUUGUUUUCGCCGUUGAUCGAUAACUUGUGUUAACCUUUUUUCUAUAUUUUGCUUUGAAGACACAUCGUUUAUCUUUCACGUCAUGGCGAGCUGAAAACACAGCGGCUUGUAUAACGCUUUCUUUUGAUUGUGUGUGUGUAUAUGGUUUAAUUAGUUCAGUGUCACAACGUUUCCAUAUCAACCUUAUAAACACAAUCAUAUUCCCUUCUGUGACUGAUGUGCGCCUGUGCGUGAACGUGUGUGUGUGUGCUGGGCGUGUGUCGUAUUACCUAUAAAUAUGCCGAACAUAGGCAGCCGUCUGUGUCAUAUAUGGCCGUUCAAUAAUCACAUGUCAAAUUUAACUCGAAAUGGAAUCUGAGUUGAACGGAUCAACCCAACAAAUAAAGCCAAUAAUAAACGAGUGAAAAAUAA